CUCGGGGGCCCGCGCGGUUGCCAUGGCAGCGGGGUCGCGGCGGGCGCGCGGGCAGGCCCAGAGGCUGGCGGUCGGCGGAGCCCCAGAACCGGACGGCCGUACUCGCAGCGCCUAGGGGCGAUCGGGCAGCGCCGCCGCCAUGUCCCUGAGCACCGGGGAGCCGGCCUCGGAGAUGGGAGAUGACAGCCUGUCUGCAAUAACCUUCGACUCUGACUCAGAGACGAAAGCGAAAAGGAAAAGUUUCCACAGACCUCCCCCUACAUCACCGAAGUCACCUUAUCACUCUAAGCCGCGAAAAGUGGCCUCCUGGAGGUCUCUGAGGACAGCCGGCAGCGCGCCCCUCGGGAGCCAAAUGUCCUUAACCCCCCAGAAGCUGUGGCUGGGAAGCUCAAAGCAAGGAAGUCUGACCCCAGCCCUGAAAUCAGACCUCACCUUGGAGCGUGCAUGGACCACAGCCCCCCCCAGCAGCACCCCUGACGAUUUGACCGAAGCGGAAAGAAUGCAGAGGUCAAAUCUCAGGCGUUCUGCCAGCCACGGUUAUGUUCCUGGGACCCCUGUCUACAGAGAGAUGGAGGGCAUGUAUGACGAGAUCAUUGAGCUGAAGAAGUCAUUACACGUGCACAAAAGCAACAUGGAUCUGAUGAGAACAAAGCUUCGGCGCUUAGAAGAGGAAAACAGCAGAAAGGACCGGCAGAUAGAGCAGCUUUUGGAUCCUUCCCGAGGCCCGGAUUUUGUUCGGACUCUGGCAGAGAAAAGGCCUGAUACUGGCUGGGUGAUCAGUGGGCUGAAGCAGAGGAUUCUCAAGCUGGAGCAGCAGUGCAAGGAGAAGAACCACACCAUCGACAAACUGCAGACUGAUAUGAAGACCACUAACUUGGAGGAGAUGAGGAUCGCCAUGGAGACAUAUUACGAGGAGAUUCAUCGUCUCCAGACUCUCCUGGCAAGUUCUGAAACGACAGGAAAGAAGCCUCCAGUGGAGAAGAACAUCGGCCUUAAAAGGCAGAAAAGAAUGAGCAGCGCCCUCCUGAGCUUGUCCCGGAGCGUCCAGGAGCUCACGGAGGAGAACCAGAGCCUGAAGGAGGACCUGGACCGCGUGCUGAGCGACUCCCCCACUGUCUCCAAGAUAAAGGGCUCGGUGGAGUGGAGCAAGCCCCGGCUGCUUCGGCGGAUCGCAGAGCUGGAAAAAAAAAUAAGUCUGAUGGAAAGCCCCAAAUCGCACACUUCAGAGGUGGUCCUGUCUACCCCGCCGGCUCACUCGGUGUCCAGCUCCACGGUGCACCGGCAGCCACGUCCCGACCGCCAGGAGGAGAGCGAGCGACUGCGGGGGGUUGUGAAGAGCCUGAAGGGCGAGCGGAAUGCCCUGCACACCCGGCUGCAGGAGCGAGAUCUGGAGGUGAAGCAGCUACUGCAGACAAAGGCUGACUUGGAGAAGGAGCUGGAAAACAUGAAGGAGGGUGAGAAGGAGGGAAGAGAAAGAGAGGAGGCUUUGAGGGAGGAAAUUCAAGCACUUACCAGGAAGUUUCAAGAACUGGAAGAAAGUAAGAAAGGAGGGGAGGAGGACCCCGAGGAGACGAGCCCGGAGACCCGGGAAGCGCCCCGACCCCCCGGUCCCUCCCAGACGGACUCGGAGCUGGACACGAGCGAGGGGGGCUCCUCCCGGCCCCGCUCCGGCUGCUCCGAGGGGAGAAGAGACGCCGCCGCCCGGCUCCUGCAGCGCCGGUGGAAGGGGCACCAGCACUGGAAAAAACAGGCCGUUGUGGACGAGGCUGCCGUGCUGCAGGCGGCUUUCCGGGCGCAUCCGGCACGGGCGAGGCCAUUGUCUAGUGGAGUGUGCAGCCCGGACCCCCCUGCCAUGCCAAGCCCUCCCACCCAGGACUCGCCCGAGCCCCGCGUCCCGAGCCCCGUCGUCCAGGCCGAGGGGGACCCGUGGCAAGAGGAGGCCAUCACCGUCAUCCAGUCUGCCUUCCGGGCACACCUGGCACGGGCCAGGCACAGUGCUGCUGGUCCAAGAGCUGCCCCUGCAGCGUUUCCCGACAGACCUGCUUGGGCCCCACACAGUGCACCCUCCUCUCCGCCCUUCCCUGCAGCCUCUCCUGGGCAGGAAGACAGCGAGGAGAGCAGCGGGGAGACCGCGGAGGCUGCGGCUCCCGGGGACGGAGCGCCGAGGCCAUGGGGGCCAGGGGCACCGGCAGCCCCGCCGCCCUGCUCUGGCGCUGCUGCUGCUGGGGGCGGCCGCGCUGGCCUGCCUCGCCCUGGACCUCCUCUUCCUGCUUGUCUACUCCUUCUGGCUGUGCUGCCGGCGGCGCAAGAGCGAGGAGCACCUGGACGCCGACUGCUGCUGCACCGCGUGGUGCGUCAUCAUCGCCACUCUGGUCUGCAGGUGUGGGACACCGCAGCUGCCCUGAACCGCUCGGCGGAGCCCAGCCUGCAGAGCCUGGAGCGGCAGCUGGCCGCCCGGCCAGAGCCCCUGCGGGCGGUCCAGCGGCUGCAGAGCCUGCUCGAAACGCUGCUGGGCUACACGGCUGCCAUCCCAUUUUGGAGGAACCCAGCCGUGUCUCUGGAGGCGCUGGCCGAGCAGGUGGACCUCUAUGACUGGUACAGGUGGCUGGGCUACUUGGGCCUGCUGCUGUUCGACGUGGCCAUCUGCCUCCUGGUACUGGUCGGCCUCAUCCGCAGCUCCAAGGGGAUCCUGGUCGGGGUCUGCCUGCUGGGGGUCCUGGCCCUAAUCAUCAGCUGGGGCGCACUGGGCUUGGAGCUGGCCGUGUCUGUGGGCUCCAGCGACUUCUGCGUGGACCCCGACACCUACGUGACCAGGAUGGUGGAGGAGCACUCGGUGCUGAGCGGGGACAUCCUUCAGUACUACCUGGCCUGCUCACCCCGUGCCGCCAACCCCUUCCAGCAGAAGCUGUCGGGCAGCCACAAGGCUCUGGUGGAGAUGCAGGACGUGGUGGCUGAGCUCCUGAAGACCGUCCCGCGGGAGCACCCGGCCGCCAAGGACCCCCUGCUCCGUGUCCAGGAGGUGCUGAACGGCACGGAGGUGAACCUGCAGCACCUCACCGCCUUGGUGGACUGCCGCAGCCUGCACCUGGACUACGUGCAGGCCCUCACAGGCUUCUGCUACGAUGGCGUCGAGGGCCUCAUCUACCUGGCCCUCUUCUCCUUUGUCACAGCCCUCAUGUUCAGCUCCAUCGUCUGCAGUGUCCCACACACCUGGCAGCAGAAGAGGGGCCCUGAUGAGGAUGGGGGGGAGGAGGCCGCCCCAGGGCCGAGGCCGGCACACGACAGCCUCUACCGCGUCCACAUGCCCAGCUUGUACAGCUGCGGCAGCAGCUAUGGCAGCGAGACCAGCAUCCCGGCCGCAGCACACACUGUCAGCAACGCCCCGGUCACCGAGUACAUGAGUCAGAAUGCCAAUUUCCAGAAUCCCCGCUGUGAGAACACCCCUCUCAUCGGGCGCGAGUCCCCGCCGCCUUCAUACACUUCCAGCAUGAGAGCGAAGUACCUCGCCACGAGCCAGCCUCGCCCCAACUCCAGCAGCAGCGGGCACUAGACCGCCCGACAGCCACCCGCCCCACGUGCCAAUCGCCCCACUCCUCCCCGGGCCGGCCUUGCUGCUUACACCCGCGGCUGCCUGCCGCACCCUCCGCACCCACCCCGGGCCUGCUGCCGGCGCGCUGUGGCCACUCGCCCCCCCUCCUCCCCUUCCUGCAGGGGUGUGGAGAUGCCCGGCAGGCUCCUGCUGGUGGCGACGCAGGGGCUCUGGGCCCGCACCCUCUCCUUGGCUCACACGCCUGGACACCUGGGGGUGCUGCCAGCGACGCCCGGGCCCUCCUGGCCCCCAGCCCCGUGCCCCUCUGCCUCCGAGGAUUCGGGGAUUUGCAGAGCCCUGCGCUGGGCCAGAUGUGUCGUGCUGGUGCUGUCCCUGCGGACCCCUGCCGUCUCCUCGCCUGGCAGCUGCCCCGCCCCACCCCUCCCACAGCUCUGAUGCCUCUCUGCCCCUUCGAUGCUUCUGUGCCUCACCUCUUAGUUCGUAGGCAGCGCGGUGCUCCCUGUGUGCUGGGCGUCUGGAGGGACGGCCGUGUGGACCCACCCGCCUGCUUGUCUCCCGCGCGUGGAGACCCUCUUGUGGCGCCUUCACAUGCCUCUGCAGCAGCUAUAACUCCUUCCUUCCCUCGCCCCCCACCCCACCCCACCCCAGGCUCUCUGCAUCGGGUCCCCACUUUCUCUGCUUCCCUCCCAGCAGCGCUCUCUCCCUCAGCACCCACCCCGCCUGUGGCACCCAGCCCUCCCCAGCGGCAGGAGACAGCGGGUGCCACGCGGAGCCCAGGCUGCUCAUCGAGUGCUGGCCGCCCUCUUGGUGCCAAGACCCCUCCCCCACCCCAGAGGCUUGACAGCUUCAUCCGGUUCAUUCCUUGCACUAACCACAUUUGUCAUCUCUAGGGCAGGCGGGGUGGCGGGCCGAGUGGCACCCCCUUUUCGGUUCCCUUUCCAUCCAGGACAGGCACAGUGUCCCAGAGCCGGCCGGGGGGCUGGACCCGAGCUGGCUGUGAAUGUGCCCUUGGCCCCUGCCGCCCCUCUUGGGACUAACCACUGACCUCACUCCAGCCUCCGAGAGAAAACACCCCUGGCCAACCCAAAGCCCGCGAGUGUGACGCCGAGUCCAGGCCGGAGCUGAGUCCCAGGAUAGCCAGCUGGGAGUCGGGCUGGAGGAGGUGUUUCUUCUCGUGGUGCUGCUGGGGGGUGUCGAAGAUCGAGAGGCAGCCCAAGGGCCUGGAGACCCUCCCUGGGCAGGCGCUGCGCCAGGGGACCGUGUCCUCAGGAAUGAAUGUCCCUUGGGCUGUAGGACUGAGGUCCCUGUGGCCUCAGUCUCCCUACCUGUGAAGCGGGAACAAGGCUUCCCUAAGGUGCUUUUGGCGUAGUGUACAAUGUUUGCUGUGUUUCCUGCCGCAGAUGGGGGUGUUACCCCCAGAUCAAGUUGGAAAGUCCCCUGCCGGUCCCAGCCCUGCCCAGCCAGCCUGAAGCAAGAGAGGCCAGGUGCAGCCUCUGCCCUGUGUCAGUCCAGGGGCAGCAGAGAGCCACUUGGCAGCCACACGAGGCCCCAGGCCGGGGCAGACAGCAGCCGGCCCGGCAGUUUACAGACAUGGGGGGCUCUUUCUCCCAGAGCGGCAGGGCACCCCUUCCCCAGGGUGGCCUGGAAGAGGCCACCUUCCUCUGUGAUCCCUUCUUUGUGCUGGUAUCUGGGACCAAAAGCAUGGGUGGGCCUGGGACUAGGUCACAUCUCCCCCGUUCCUGGGGCAGCCUCUGCCCUGGACGGGGUUGGGGGAGUGAGUAGGCAAACACGGGGGUGCUCCAGGUGGGCCUAAGGGCCCGCAGCCUCGCAUCUGAGCCUUCGCACACGGCCAAACCUCACUGAAAGGCACCUUGUGCUCCAGGCCCCCCACUGUACACACACACACCACACACACAUAUACAUACAUACAGAUAUAUGGCGGUACCACAGCCCAACCGACAAGUUUUUCUGGGCUUCACCGCCUGGGCGGAACAUUCCCGCGCGGCCUCGGAUCAGAGGGGUGGCGUCGGGCUGUGCUGCCUGGGGCGCCGCUCGGAAGCACAAACGGCCGCCCGGCCCGCGAGGCCGAAAUGUGAAUGUACAUAGCGUGAGAGCCGGGCGCCGGGAACCUGCGCCGCUCGGAGCCCCUCCGUGCGUGCAUCGUGUGCGUGUCUGCCCGCCCAUCUGACUCCGCCCAGUUCCUUCUACUCACUGAGGCGGAAGAAAGGAAAACGGGGGAGGUUAAAAGGGGUGCAAGACCAAGCCUCGGUCCUGGAGGGGGAGCGCAUCUCGCCCUUGGUUUUCUUUUUGCUGUUUAAUUUCAGGCCGUUUCCUAACCCGCCCCGUCCCGGUGACUUACCCUCGUCCGCUCCCACCCCUGCACCUGUGGUUCUUGCCCCUCGCAGGCCCUGCAGCAUCUUGGGCAGUGGUCCUCUACCACGUGGAUGGGAGGGAGACGCCCCGAGGCCCCUGACGGGCUAGGCGGGCAGGAGGGGUUCCAGUCCGGUCGCUCGCCGAUGGGGCUCCUUGUGUAGGCGCACGCUUCCCCCAGCUCCCCUGGCCUGGUGUAGGGCCUGAUCGGAAGCCCUGAUCCUAUAUGCCCCUCCACGCCCGCCCCAUCUCACUAUGCAAUCCCAGUCCAAGCUCCAUUCCCUCCGUACCCCAGGACCCCCGCCCCGGCCGGGAGGGGUGCGUGGGUGACAGCCCUAAAUGGGGGGACGAGCGGGGACCAGGGCCUCUUGGGCGGUUUUGUUUUGUUUUUUUUUUAACCAUAAUGGUUGUGUGCCGUACCACUUUAUAUUUGUUACAUAUAUCUCUCGAAGUAAUUUUGUUAAAACUCCCCCUCCCAGGCUUCUCUCCUGGCCCUUGCAUUCCACCCACAAGGUGAUUUCGCGUCCUGAGCGGGGAACUGAGGCCUGAACCGCUUGGCAUUCUCCAACUUCCGUAGGGCCAUGGCUGUAUGUUGCUGUCGCUGUGUUUCUGGGUUUUUUUGUUUGUUUUUGUUUUUUUAACUGGGUUUGGGGUUUGAUUUUUAUUUCUCUGGGGGCUUUAUUUUUCUUGGCAAAUACUAAAAAUCUCGUCAAUGUAAUUUCUGUGGUUUCUAUUCAGCUUGGGUUUCAUGUUUUAAAAUAAACAAAUUUUAAAAAACAGGC